AUGAGUUCAAUUGAAGAAACCAUCAAGUCACUCUUUUCUAAUAAGGAAGACACUAAAUCAAUUGUUUUUGAAUGGGAAAAUGGUGCUGCUGUUAUUAAGACUGUUGGUGUCAAUGGUUUAGAAGAUGUUAAAUCAGCUUUAGAUUCAACAAAAGUUCAAUUGCCAAUAUUUGCAGUUCAAUCAAUUGAUAAAGAUGAAAGUGUUGAAACACAAAGAACCUAUUUUGUACAAUUACCAUUUGUUGGAGAGAAUGUUAAACCACUCCGUAGAAGAGAUUUGGGUGUUUUAAGAAAUUCUAUUAAUUCAACUAUUGAUAAUCUUAAGGCUGGUCAUAUUCAUGUUACUAUGGAAAUUACAAAUGUUGAUGAAAUUCGUGUUGAAGAAUUAGAAAAGAGACUUUUAACUGCAUGUGGUUCUCAUAAACCAAAAGGAUUUAAAUGGUAA